AUGUCACAGUUAUAUGUCAUAAAAGAGAAUGACCUUUCAAAACUUAAAAACGCAAAGAACCAUCAUAACGGUCUCAUUACCAAUAAAUUCAAUAAUUCUUUACAAUAUUCAACCUCUCAAGAUAAUGAUCAACCAGAAAGGAAACUUGUCCUCCCGCAAGAAUAUCGGGUUUUAAAUAUUGUAACCGAAUAUAUGGAUGGUGGAGACCUUUAUACCAUCAUUCAAAACCAAAGGAGAAUAGGUAUUCUCUUUAAAGAAGAUCAAAUAUUGGAUUGGUUCGUUCAAUUAUGUUUGUCCAUAGAGAUCCUCAGUCCCGAAAUCCGUGAUAACAAAUCAUAUCCUUUUCUUUUUCCAAAAUCUGUUAAAUCUUCGCUUGAAAUUAGAAAACUUGUCUCAUCAUUACUGAAAAUAUAUCCGAAUGAUCGACCUUCUGUUGAGGACAUUCUACUUUUUGAAAAAUCACAGAACGCGUCACGAGUAACUCUCUCGUGCCAGGAUACUUCUUCUCAAAAGAAUAUGGGUGUAAUCCUGUUAGUAGAGUGUCUUAUGGUAAAAUUUACCAAGCAAAAACCGGCAGAGAUGAAUCUUAAUGCAUUAUCAUCAGAAGGAAAAUCUCAAGAAACACAAGUUUCUUCAAACGUAAAAAAAUCCGAGAAUCACAAAAAUAUUCAAAAGCCACAGAGUGUCGUACAUAAAUCACACGUGAAAGAAGAACCCAUACGAAAAUCUUUGGCAAAAAGUGUCAAGGCCAUAACAAACCAUAAUGACGGCCAUACUGAAACCGGUGAAACUAAAAACAAUAAUCUUAAAAACAGUCCCCAACACAAUAGUGUUGUGGAAUCUACAAUAAAUUCUAAUAAUUUUAAUAACAUCUCAUCAUCAAACGACAAGAUUGACAUUCGUAACAGCAAUUUUGGCAGUGAGAAGACUACUAAUGAAACAAGAAAACCAAGUCAAACUAGUACAUUAAAAAGAUCAACAAUAGUAACGUCAAAUGCAGUCAUGCUAGUAAAUGCAUUGCAAACAACAAAAAAUUCAUCGACAACUAUCGAACAAGCCGUAUCCGUUUCAACUAACAAUGCUUCCAAUGCACCAAAUACUCUGCCACUUCCCAUACCACCUUUAUCUCCAUCAAAAAAGGUUAAUUAUUCUAAUAAUGAAGAUAAUACCAAAAUAACCAUCACGUCAUCUUCACUUUUAUACUCAAUUGCUAGUAAAGACACGAAAAAGAAGUCACGGGAUACACCCUUUUCACUUAUUGAAGGAUUAAAACAAGAUAUUGAACAUUUAUUUAUUAGGAUUUGA